AACAGGUUCUGUACCCUAAAACAUCCGUUAAGAUGGCAGGAUUGUUUAGGAUCUGGAUAUUUAUGGUUCUCCUCUUGGGAUUGAUAGAUCCAUCUCAGGCCUCUCUGCGUCCUCGCAUGUCAUUCUCUCAGGGAAGCUCAGAGCGUCUCUUGGGCAUCUACCACAGCUCUACUGUGAAGAACACCAACACUCUGCUGCUCAGCACUGAUGCUGACACACUGUUUGUUGGUGCUCAGGAUGCUCUGCUCUCUCUGGAUGUCAGUCAGUCUGAUAGUAUUACACUCAAAGACAAGUUGGAAUGGGCAGCAUCUCCACAAAAUAUGAAAACCUGUACAGUGGCCUCAAGGACGGAUUGUGGCAACUUCAUUAGUAUUCUGCAGUUUUUCAACUCUACACACCUUUAUGUCUGUGGGACAAAUGCAUAUAAACCACAAGCCCUCAUAAUACCAGCAAGUUCUCUGAGCGCUAGCAGAGACACAAAGGAUGCCAAAAACUGCUGUCCCUCCAGCUCCACCCAGAGGAACACAGCCACUAUUGUUGAUGAAGAGCUGUAUACCGCAACCAAAGUCGGCUACUUUGGGGACAAAGUGAUUUCUCGCUGUCACAGCAGAGGAACACGCAAUAACUUGGAGCUUCAGAAUGUACCAAAAUUGCUGCAGGAACCUGAAUUCAUAAGUUCAACACUUGUUGCCAGUGAAGGAAAGAUCCUGCUGUUCUUUACUGAGGUUGGGGACUUGACUGGAGACUUAUUUCUGAACUCUUUUAUUGUGUCUCGUGUGGCACAGGUCUGCACGGAUGACAACGGAGGAAGCCUUACCUUACAGAAGCGCUGGACAUCCUUUGCUAAGUCUCAGCUGGUCUGCCAACAAGGAGAUAAGCUCCAGUUCAACAAGCUGCAGGAUAUUGUCAAGUUGUCCCCAACGAAUGAAGAGUCUCCUGACAACACCCUUUUCUACGGAGUCUUUACCUCACAAUGGGCAGCUUCAUCUGGUCUGUCAGCAGUCUGUGCUUUCAGUCUAACAGAUAUUAAAGCAGCUUUUUCAGGGGAUUACAAGACAUUCGAUUUGAAUGGAAACUACUGGACACGUCAACCAAAUGUAGACAGUAAACUCGGCAAGUGUGGAUUAUUCAAUGACAAUGACCGUGUGUUAAACAUUGUAAAAAAGAGCUUCCUGACUGAAAAAGCUGUGCGUCCUGUGGGGAAGAAACUGAUUUUCUCCUCAAAAGAAGAGCGAUAUAGGCGUCUAGCUGUUCAGAGAACUCAAGCUGCAAAUGGACACAGCUACACCAUCCUUUACCUGCUCACCGAAUCUGGCUUUCUUCAUAAAGUCGUACUGCUGGCUAAAGGUCCUCAUAUCAUCGAAGAAAUUCAGAUAUUUAAGCAAUCACAGACUGUGAAAAACAUCCUUCUCUCUACCAGCAAGGGUGUGCUGUUUAUCGGCUCUUCUGAGGGUGUCUUCAGAGUGCCUGUAUCCAACUGCUCAGCUUAUCCAAACUGUGCAGAGUGUGUGUUGGCACGUGACCCGUUCUGUGGAUGGGACUCAGAGACCAGAGCCUGUGCUACUGUGUCCAGAAUGGGGUCUAACCUACGGCAGGACGUGGAAAGCGGAAAUGUCAAUGAACAGUGCACAGAGCUCAACAAUACUGCUGCUACAGUGACACGGAUUGCCCAGUUAAAUUAUAUUGUGGUUCUACCAUGUCACUCGAGGUCCAGACUGGCAGAGGUGACUUGGAGGUUUUCAAACAACAGCAUCGUUCCUCAGUUUCCGUACAGGCAGUGGGCAGACGGCAGUCUUGUUUUCAUCGUCACUCCAGAGACCGUGAACACCUACCACUGCAUGUCUGAGGAACUGGGUUUCAAGCAAACCAUCGCCGCCUUCGCUGUAACUCUCCCUGUCAUCCCUCGUUCUUUCCCUCCUCCAUCACAUCAGCAACCUGACAUCACCCUGGACUCUGAUGAGGGCACAAAAACAGAGCCCAUCCCUGAUUACUACACAACAAUUGAGUUUGAUGAAUCUGAACCUACAAAAGGGGAAAAGAUGGAUGCAUUUAUUACACCAGACAAGACCAGUGAGAAAAAAGCCAGGACUAAUCAUCAGUCUACUAAAACCAUGAACACUGCAGGAAAAGACGCUGUUUGCAUCGCACAGAAGAGUUACUAUACUGAAAUGGUUGCUUUUUGCUUCUUGUUUGUCAUUUGUCUCUUUGUAUUCAUUGCUUUUGUGGUCCUUUGGAGGCACAGCAUGAGGUGCAACAAAACCACCCCUCAGAAACAACCUAAGGACACGGAAUCAGACAAUAUCUGGCAAACAGAACUGGAAGAAAAGAAAAGCUGAGCCCAAAAACCAGCAGGAUCUAUAUUGGAAGAUUACACAAACUAAAGAAUGAUUCUUGACCCUCAUUUAGUUUGAAAAAAUAACAAUGUGAUCGCUAGAAUGUUACAUAAUAUUUAUAAUCAUUUGAUUUUAUUUAUGAUUUGAGGUAAUCAUGUUUGUUUUGUCAAAACCAUUGUUCAGUCAACGCUGAAAUCCAAAUUAAGAUUUUUUUUUAGGAUUUUAAGGUAAGCUUGUUUGCAAAAAAGGCAUAUUACAUAAUUCGAUGAUGCCAUGUUUUUAAAAAAUUAAGAAAAACUUGUUUUUUCACAAUGUAUAAAUAAAAGAAU